AUGAAGGUCGCUGCUUUGUACAUGGCCGGGCUCUCGGUCCUCGCCUGUCUCUUGUGUGCCAGUGUUCAGGUGGGAGAAGCCAAGACAGUGAUGAGGGCCAUUGCCAAGCCCAAGGCCAUUGCCAAGGCCAUUGCUCCCGAUGCUCACUUUCCGCCAAACUGGCCGAAAAACCGGGUCGAAUUCAUUGCGAUGUUUCAUCGAAUGCUUGCGGAGCGGAAGCAGAAUGCGUUUAAGCGGGAGGCAUCGCCUGAGUUGCCCGCAUUGCACCAGGAUGGACAGCCAGUACAGGAUCUGCCCCAUCUCUAUCCCGCACAACCUCUGCCAGACAUCGAGGAUGCGUUGACGUCUUUGAGGGCCCGAAUUCAGGAUCCUCAGCAGCAGCAGAAUCAACAUCCAGUAACUGAGCAGCAGAAAGAGGAGGAACGUCCAGUGACGCAACAGCAGAAGCAGCAAGAGGAGGAACGUCCAGUGACGCAACAGCAGAAGCAGCAAGAGGAGGAACGUCCAGUGACGCAACAGCAGAAGCAGCAAGAGGAGGAACGUCCAGUAACUAAACAGCAGGAGGAUGAGGAUGACGGUAGUGCUUUGCCAGAGAAGCAGGUCAUAAAACAGCAGGAGGGUCGGGCACAGCAGCAGCCGCAGGAGGAACAUUUUCCGGAGGACAGAGAGAAGGCCGAACCUGAGCUUCCGGAAUCAUCCCAGUCAUUGAUUAACAGUGAGCCAGGUUCAGAAUGGCAGCAUCCUGAAGCUUUGGCUCCCGCUGACCCCGGUCAAAGACCAGCUGUUGAGCAGCAAUACGAGCAGCAAAGCAAUGAUGAAUGGGCCAUGGGUUCAGAAUGGCAGCAUCCUGAAGCUUUGGCUGCCGCAGACCCCGGCCAAGGACCAGCUGUUGAGCAGCAAGACGAGCAGCAAAGCAAUGAUGAAUGGGCCAUGGGUUCAGAAUGGCAGCAUCCUGAAGCCUUUGCUCCCGCUGACCCCGGUCAAGGACCAGCUGUUGAGCAGCAAGACGAGCAGCAAAGCAAUGAUGAAUGGGCCAUGGACGAGCAGAACAUGCCGUUCUAA